UAUAGUUGCUACCGUGCGAUGUGAUCAGAGCCACUCUACAGUGUUUGGUCUUUAGUUUUUGCGCAAGAAGAAGCGUCAUUGCAUUUAUGGUGCGCGAAACCCAUGAGUUCGCGCAAUGUCCGGUUUUUUUGUGAGGAUAUGUCCCUUGCGACCGCUGUUACUCUCUUUCCAAAAUUCAUCAAGGACUCUUUGCUCAGUUCAACCAGCACCUCCAUCAACUCCAACCAACAUAGAUGAAGCCUACCUUUCCUCUUCCAAAAUAGAUAUUGAAAAUAUCUUUUUGUCAAAGCGGGUCCAGCAGCUUCUUUGCGAUUUAACGUGUAAAGAUGUCAACCAGGUUUUUGCAUCUCGCAUGAAAGAGUAUAGUCCGCCUCAAUAUAAACUUCUCACCGAUAAACAGUUUGAGGAAGAGAUGGAAAAGGCUAUGCGGAAGGUGGAUGAAUUGACACAAAUGCCGCCGGUGCUUCGUAAACGAAAGCCCUGCCAACGCAUCCUUCGACGGGAUCCUGAACUGCAGGGACUCCAUACGACGAAUUUCGUCUUUACCGAUGUUUCAUUCGGUUAUCACGAGCAUGAUCGACCGAUUGUGGUCCGUGAACCUGAUGGAACCCUUCGUACGGCAUCUUGGGAAGAGCGGGAACGAAUGCUGCAAACGUAUUUAGCGACACCCGGUCGCGAAAUUGAACUUCCGAAGAUGUUUACGGAGCCGCACUUAACCAGCGUACUAGAUGACGGAAAGUACGUUUUUGUCUUGGAUCGAGCAUGUCUGCAGUUCGAGCCGAACAGUGAACAGUAUCUUGGAGUCACACAACGUGUGUACGCGCACCUUAUGGAAACAGGAAAGUUCGAUGAGCUUCGUUCAACGAGACAUUUUGGCCCCAUGUGCUUCUAUUACGCGGUCACUCAUCAAUGCGAUCCGCUCAUCCUUAGCCUCCUCAAGUCUGGAAGCUUGGAACGCGCAGCAAAAGUUGUUGAGCUUCUCCACGUGAUACACCCGAAACUUGAAAGCGCGCGCAAGAUUAACAAUGGAAAUAUUCCAGAACUCUAUGUUGAGGCUUACAUCAAAUGGGACUCUCAAAAUAAGGCCGCCCUUGAGUUAGCCCUUCAAUCAAUUCGCGAAGCCAAUCAAGAUGAUAAAAUAGAACACGAAAAAGAAUAGGAAAAUGAAGGGACUGAAACGGGAAAAAGAAAGAAUUAAUGGAUGAACCGAAAUCGACUUUGGAAGUCUAACGGUUUUAGAAUAAGCUCAUAAAUACCAGUGAUGUAUAUUGCUGAAUGUUUUAUAUUGGGGAUAUAAUAAAUUACUAUAGCAAAGAG